GGAAGCUGAAGACAAAGAGAUAAGAUUUCACGUGCGAAUCAAUGAGAAGGCAUGAGAUGAAAAGCCGAGCCUGAUGUCUGCUGCAGUAUCACUCUCAUAUUUUCAUGGCAACAUUAGCAAAAAGGAUUGUGAAGUUCUGUUUGGAGCAAACGGGAGAGAUGGAAGUUACUUAGUGCGGCAGAGUGAGACCAUCCCUGAUGCUUUGUGCCUCAGCGUCUUCUUUAAAAAUAUUGUAUAUACGUACAGAAUUUUCAAUGAUCAUCGUGGACAAUUUAUGAUACAGGCGAGACACGGAGUGAAAGUUAAGUUCUUCAAAUGCCUGCCAGAUUUAAUUGAUCACUAUAAGAAACCUGACAAAGGUCUGGCUAUACGCUUACGUUAUCCUCUAGAAAGGAGCAAAGCUAAGAACGAGGACAACGAUAACACCUAUGAAAAUGUUGGUGACCAAGAUUAUGUAGACGUCAUUCCUUCGUGAAAAUAACUAGAUUGUUGUACAGAAGAACAACUUAUUAUUUUCAUCACUGAAAAUGCCCCACGUAUUUUGUUUAUUUAUCAGCAUCAUUUGUGUAUUUGUCCAUCAGUGUUUCCCCUUGGCCCUGACCUCCUCCCUCCUUCUCUCAGACACCUUCCUCUAACCCUUGUGUCUCACUCCCUCUCACUUGCUUCCCUGCGUUAGACACCCCUCUGGUCUCAAGCUCUCCACCACCCUGUCUCUGACAGCCUCAUUCAUCCCUCCUCACAUCCUCCUUUGCUCUUCAGCCCUGAGAAAGACCACACCAGCUUCCACCCACCUCCCCAUAACUCGCCUCACCCUAACAUUAUGCCAGGCCAGGUCAGGCCAGGCCAGUCAGGAACCCACUUAUGAUCUGUGUGUCAUCCUGAUGAUAAAAUGCGUGGAGCACAAUACUGUCAUAACCACCAGUGUUUCAUCAGGCAGACAAGCACAAGAGCUCAUGGCAACGUCCUAAAUCCUGCCACCGGCACUUUUUAAACUUGUAGACAACAUAACUGGUUUGAUGGGCGUUAUCGGGAAGUAAUUAACACAAACACAAGGGGUAUAUGGAUGGGACAUUCAUGCUUAAAAAUAAAGAGCCCAGCAAGCUCAAGAAGACUCUCAGACUAGAGAAAAGAUGGCAAGCACAAACAGUGCACAAGGUCCAACACCUCAUUGCCAUUCAAUGACUUGCAUGGAUCCUGCAGCAUUGUCAAGAUCAUCCAUGGGCCAAAUCCCCCAAAACCCUGUCCAUUGAAUGCCAAGAAUGAAGGUUAACCUAUCAAGGACAGGGAGGCAGCCAUU